AUGAUAUCUACCGUAAUAUUUAAAGGAUGCUUUAUGCCUUGCAAUAAGCGACGACUGCUCCCGGGCGUAAUGGAAGCGACCUUGUGGUCUGCAACCGGCAGACGAAGAAAUCUUUACUUUUUCUCAUCCUGCAACGUCACUGUUUCCUCCGCGCGAGAAAGGCAAAAGACGCGGCGACGGUGUGACGUCUUUCGAUUCUCGACUACGUUCGUCUUAAGCUACUUGUCACCAUGUUGUUGUCGCGGAUUGGUCGUGAGAUGGCGUCCAUCUCGUGAUCGUGGCGGGCAGUGGCAGCAUUGUCUCUGGCUGCAGCGGGAUAUAUCUAAGAUUGUUCAUAUCUGUCUACCCCAAUCUGUUCAAAUCUAUCUAUCUAUCUAUCUAUCUAUCUAUCUAUCUAUCUAUCUAUCUAUCUAUCUAUCUAUCUCAGUUUAUAUCUAUCUAUCUAUCAUUGAUUAUCUAGUUUUCUUAUCUAUCUAUCCAUCUAUAUAUCUAUCUAUCUCUGUUCAUUAUCUAUCUAUCUCUGUUCAUUUUCUAUCUAUCUCUGUUUAUCUAGUUUUUUUAUCUAUCUAUCUAUCUAUCUAUCUAUCUAUCUAUGCUCAUAUCUAUCUAUCUAUAUAUCUAUCUAUCUAUCUCUGUUUAUUAUCUAUCUAUCUCUGUUCAUAUCUAUCUAUCAUUGUUUAUCUAGUUUUCUUAUCUAUCUAUCUAUCUAUCUAUCUAUCUAAAUAUUCUAAAUAG